AUGACAGUCGAUAAUGCAGGAGAAACAGAGUACAAGUGUCGCGCAUACAGGAGAAACUACGAGAGAGGGUACUACUACGGCUACUACUACUACUACCACUACUACUGCACAGAGAUCAGUGAUCCUGUCAAGAUUACAGUGAGAGAGAGACCAGGGGCAGUACUGAGUGUAUCUCCACAGAGCUGGCUGACUGAAGGAGACUCAGUGACUCUAAGCUGUGAGAUUACAGACUCCUCUACAGACUGGACAUUCAGCUGGUACACAGCUGUUCCCUACAGAGACGACUUAACUCAAAUAAAACAUAAUCAUGGCUAUAUCAUGUAUGUGGAGCUCCUCUCAGACAGCAGCAGAGGAUCUGGAGGCAACUACACUCUCAGUCCUGCUGCUCUUAAUCACACAGGAGUUUAUAUGUGCAGAGGAGAGAGAGGAGAACCAGCCUUUCACACACAGUACAGCAAUCCACAGACACUAUGGAUCACUGGUGAAUCUCCUCCAGUCUCUCUGAUCAUCAAUCCCAGCAGAACUCAACACUUUACUAAUGACUCUCUCUCACUGAGCUGUGAGGACCAGAGUAAAUCUACUGGAUGGAGAGUGAGACGAUACACACACAGUGAGAGAGUGUUAGAUUGUUCAAGGGGAUCAGUUACAGGAUCUACAUGUAAAAUCAGCUUCCUCUCCACAUCCUACACUGGAGUUUACUGGUGUGAGUCUGAAUCUGGAGAAAACAGUAAUCCUGUCAACAUCACAGUGCAUGAUGGGGAUGUGAUCCUGGAGAGUCCUGUCCAUCCUGUGACUGAGGGACAUCCUCUGACUCUACGCUGUUUAUAUCGAUACCCAAAUUCCUCAAACCUCCGAGCUGAUUUCUAUAAAGAUGGAUCAGUUCUCCAGACACAGACUACAGGAAAGAUGAUCAUCCGAACUGUCUCAAAGUCAGAUGAAGGUUUCUACCACUGUAAACACCCAGAGAGAGGAGAGUCACCGAAAAGCUGGGUCUCAGUCAGAGCGUCAGGUCCAUCAGGUGUGGAAGCUCCAUUCUCAGUGCUCAUGCUGAUCAGUAGUGUAGUGACGGCCUCUCCGUAUCUGCUGGUGACCAUCAUUCUGCUGGUCAAAUGUUACAGAGCUCGAGCUCACACUGAUGAAGAGAGGAUUGAGAAUGCAGUCAUAGAGGAGUGAGCAAAGUUCAUCUGUAAAAAGAGGAUGCAUUUACUGUCAAAUAAUUUCAUCAUUUCUUGUUCUUUAAUGCUUUGUGGGAUUUUAAAAUAAUACUGAUUUGUCAUUUUGAUGCCAUGCUGUUAUUUGCUCAGCAUCUUAUAGACACCUUCAUUGUUCUGACUGGAUUUGUUUAGCUGAAGCCUGCAAACCUCCUCAUGAGGUGAAAGUUACCAUGUGUGUAUCUCCAAUAACGCUUACAUGCUGCUAAUGCAAUGCAGAGUAAAAAAUGAACAAAGACUCUUAUAAAAAUAUUAAUCAAGGGGAAAUGUUGAUGCAGAGAGUGUAUAUGGUUUAAAUUGCGUUAUUUCAGAAUGAAAAUGUGCAGUGUAAUGUUUUCCAGUGUAGGUUGUAUUUUCUGUAAGCUGACUACAGUCAGAGCGGUUGGUGAAAAGCCCAGUGUUACUGGAGUUAAAGUAAGUUAAGCUUUGUAUGGAUGCGAUAUAAAAACAAGGUCAUUGACUGUCAUCUGAAACAUGGUGGGAACUAAUAUUGUGUUUUGUGCCUUCUCAGUAUUAGUUCUACCACUACUGUAUUUGUACUGCUGUGUUUUCUAUUUUUUUGUGAGAUUAGCUCUAGUUGGAUAACGAGGAGUAGAUUUACAAUCUCAGUUACACACUGUUGUUAGAUUUGUUCGACUUUUCAGCUGUGUGAACUUUAAUUGUAGUUGUGUGAGGAGAUUUGUGGAUGAAAUGAUUUGAUCAAUUCAAUAAAUGCAUCAUUAUCAGUUCACUGAAUUAUUUAACCUGGUAGCAAUAAUGUAUCAUAUGAAGUACAAGUAAUACUCUGAGAAAACUCUUGUGCCUUUGUCAAUAUCAGCAUUUUUACCAUUUUGUAUUUUUAUACAAUGAUGUACUUUUCAUUGUCGUAUACUGUCUCUUGUCUCCUGCUGUAAGAUUGUAAUUUCCCACAUGGGAUUAAUAAAGUGUUAUCU